UCGGGAUCGCAAGAUUUGUCCGGGUCAAUUUGUGCGGAAGGAGCAGACAUGCCGCAUAAGUCGACAAAAAGUAAAAUUCGGCUAAGGAUUUUCAGAAGGAGGAGUGCAAGUUUCACGAAGAUUGACGAGCUCAGUAAGGAGGAGGAUGAGGCUGAAGCCGAAGCAAAGACUGUCGCAUCAAGUUCGAAAACAUGGACAACCACAAUGGGCAGAUCACUGAGAAAAAAACUCAGCGCUUUUCGCAAGGAUAUCGAUGAAAGUGACAGCCCAGCUGCAUCGAAGUCCGCGUCAGAGGGAGUUAAUGUUAUUUAUCUUCGGAAGCCGUCAUCAAACAGAAAUGGCACUGGUGGUGUUCUCGGUGGUGUAAGGUAA